AUGUUGGAUAACAAUUUCAAGAUCGAUGAUUUGCUGUCUGACCUUCGUAAUUUGAAUGUCAAAGAAUAUACUGAUGACGAUGAUUUAUGUCGUAUAGAAAUAGAAAUAGAUUACACUACAGGUUAUUUAUCUCUUUGUUUGACCUCCUGCGAUUACCAUGAGUCAGAAAAUGGACAGGUGAAUUUGUUCCUCACCACACAACAAACCGAAGAUACCACGAUAUACACAAUUCAUACUCUUAUAUAUGCCUGUAAUGAAGAUAAAUGUGAAAUUGAAUUCCUUAACAAAUAUCUUCGAUCGGUGCUUCAAGAUCAUUAUGCUGAUUUAUCGAAAAAGUUAAUUCACUUAAUUCUUGAAAACAACACAGUUUUACAGGAAUGUUUCGUCGAUGAAAACAUCCAUCAAGAAUGUUUCAACGGACGAUGUUUGGCAAGCGUUACCACAGUUAAAGAUAAUCAACAAUCAAGAUAUCAAAAGUGUAUUCGUGAUGUUAAUGGAAUGUCACCAAAUGAAAUUCGAAGUCAACUGAUCUUUGAUAUGGAUUUCAAAGAGAUCAACUAUACUAUCGAUUUUCAUUGUGUAUACAAUCAAUGCAAUAGCAUGAAGAUUGUCGAUCAAAUCGUUAUGAAUGAAUUAUAUAAUCUGAGUAAUAUACUCAAAGUAUUCGGAUAUAAAAAAGAACUCGAAUUCAGUUCGACUACUGGAAAUACGAUGCUACUUGACAACGAGACAUCGCUUGAUAACACAACACAGACGGUAAAUACAACAACGCCUAAUAAUGCAGCACAGAUGAGAAAUAUUAAUGGGCAGGGAAGUAUAAUUUUCAUUGCAUGUGCAUUUGUUUUGAUUGUUUGUGUAUAA